AUAAGGUACUGCACACAGUCUUCCCUGGAACGUCGAACGGGUGAUAUCGGGACGAGAGCGGUUGAUUAAUUUCUUCGACACGAUUUUCGUGGACCGUUGCGUUUGCGGUUGAAACAUUGAAUAGAUUAAUAGCAAUAAAAUGGGGCUCUGGCGGUCCGGUGUAUCUGCUCCAGUUUUGGUGCUGGUGCUUGGUUGUUUGGUGCACCUAACCAGGGCGAACUAUACGUUAGAUGAUGUGCUCAAAGAAAUAGAUCCAGUGGCACAAAGCCAACCCUGCAGCGGCGAGUGCGUGCCGUUUUUCCUUUGUAAAGAAAACGGCAUCAUUACGGACGGUGAGGGCAUCAUAGAUGUUCGCGUUGGUGAAGAAACCGGAGCUCCAUGUCACUAUCUGGAAGAGUGCUGCGAGCAGCGUUCCGUGCGUGACCAGCCCCCGCCCGGCGCUAUCAAACCAAACGGCAUCAAGCGCGAGCUAGGCAAACCGACCUGCGGUGUGCGCAACUCGAACGGGAUCGGCUUCCGUCUGUCGAGCAAUCCGAACGGCGAGGCCGAGUUCGGCGAGUUCCCGUGGAUGGUGGCGGUGCUGCUGGAUAAUCCAAUCGGUGGUAGCGGCGACAGCUUCAACCUUUACCAGGGCGGCGGAUCACUGAUCGCACCGAACGUGGUCCUUACCGCGGCACACAUCGUGUACAACAAACAGAAGGACAAGCUGAUACUUCGGGCCGGCGAAUGGGACACGCAGACGCGCAACGAGCUGUACAAGCAUCAGGAUCGUCAGGUCUAUCAGGUCAUCACGCACGAGGCGUUCAACAAGGGCUCGCUGGCGAACGAUGUAGCGCUGGUAAUACUCACCGAUCCGUUCUUGCUGGCGGAGAACAUUCAGCCGAUCUGUCUUCCACCGAGGGGAACAACGUUCGACUAUCAGCACUGUUUCGCUUCCGGCUGGGGUAAGGAUCAGUUCGGCAAGGCGGGCAAGUACCAGGUGAUACUGAAGAAGAUCGAGCUGCCGGUCGUACCGCACGCUAACUGUCAAGAGGCACUGCGCACUACUCGGCUGGGCAGGCGGUUUGCGCUGCAUCAGAGCUUCCUGUGCGCUGGUGGCGUGGCCGGACAGGACACGUGCCGUGGUGAUGGAGGCUCUCCGCUGGUGUGUCCAAUUCCGGGAUCGCCCACUCACUACUAUCAGGCAGGCAUCGUGGCGUGGGGCAUCGGUUGUGGCACGGACGGUAUCCCCGGUGUGUACGCCAGUGUGUCAGUCUUCCGUGGCUGGAUCGAUGAAAAGCUGCUGGAACACAACAUUCUUGCAAGGGACUAUGUGUACACUUCAUAAACAGAUACUCUGAUGUUUCCAACCCCAUCAAUAAAGAUUUGCUCAACAGA